GAAAAGAAGAUCCAGAGAGUAGCCGACAUUCUCAAGAAAGACGACGUCAAGGUGACGUUCUUUGUUGGGGCCGGGAUCUCCACCAGCUGCGGUAUCCCUGACUUCCGCUCGCCAAAGACAGGACUGUACUCGAAUCUCAAGAGGCUCCAGCUGCCUUAUCCGGAGGCGGUGUUUGACAUCGACUAUUUCCGCAAAAACCCCAAGGCGUUCUACACGCUGGCAGAGGAGCUGUAUCCGGGCAAGUUUGUUCCCAGCAAGUUCCACUACUUCAUCAGAUUGUGUCAGGAUAAGAAGAAGCUGAAGCGUUGCUACACCCAGAACAUCGACACGUUGGAGCGCCUGGCGGGAGUGAAGGACGAGUUCAUUGUGGAGGCACAUGGCUCGUUUGCCAAAAACCACUGCAUCGACUGUGAUGCCGAGAUGGCAACAGAGGAGCUCAAGGAGCAGAUGAAGAGCAAGAUUCCAACGUGUGCCAAGUGUGAAGGCUAUGUGAAGCCGGACAUUGUGUUUUUUGGCGAGGCCCUGCCGCCAAAGUUCUUCGACACCUGGGAAGAGGACUCGUCAUCAAAGAUGGACCUGGCUCUCGUUGCUGGCACCUCCUUGGCGGUGUAUCCGUUUGCUGGUCUUCCGGCCGAGGUGAGCAGAGAUUGCACGAGAGUGCUGAUCAACAGAGAACAAUGCGGCGAUUUCAAGACCAACCCGCGCAAGUCGGACAUCUUGCUGCUUGAGAGCUGCGACAAGGUUGUCGAGCAGCUGGCUAAAUUGCUGGGAUGGGAAGAAGAGCUGAAUGCGCUGGUG